AUGAUGAUGAAGACUUAUGGGAAGUUUUCGAAGGCUACAAGGCUUGCAGUGAAUCAACAAAAAUGUCGAAUUUAUUGUGCUGGCAUGGACGAGUUGACAAAGCAAAAUAUUAUUAAAGCCUCGGGGUUCCAAGAAGGGCAGCUGCCUUUUAAGUAUCUGGGGGUUCCGGUUAUAGGUAAAAAACUAUCUGUGCGCCAUUAUGCACCGUUAAUAGACAAAAUCGUGGGCAAGAUAAAACAUUGGACUGCUUGGUUAUUGACCUACGCGGGGAGGCUUCAACUCAUUAACUGUGUUAUGUUUGCGAUAACAAAUUACUGGUUCACUUGUUUCCCCUUCCCCAAAACUGUAAUUCAGAAAAUUGAAUCGAUUUGUCGCAUUUUCCUCUGGACAGGAGGUUUUGAGGGGAGCCGUAAAGCACCCGUAGUGUGGAAACAGAUUUGUAGUCCACGAAGUCAUGGCGGGCUGAAUUUCGUAGACAUUGAAGUUUGGAAUAAAACAACUCUUAUGAAGCUGCUUUGGAACUUGAGUGGGAAGGAAGACUCACUUUGGGUUAAAUGGAUACAAACGUAUUACAUCAAAACCAACGAUCUGAUGGAGAUCCAGUGUAAAAAGAGUGAUUCCUAG